AUGACAGUUAUAGUUUCCUAUUGCAUUGAUAACCUACUUGAUGUUCGACAGGUGACUGGUGAGGGAGAUGACAAAUAUCUAAUCGUUACAGUUGAACAAUCAUUAUGUGCGUAUCAUCAAGAUGAUUGGAUUCAUCCCUCACAGUUGCCAAUCAGAUAUGCUGGGGGCUUGUUUUGUUACCGUAAAGAGGCUGGUGCACAUGGUCGUGAUACUCUCGACAUCUUUAGGGUUCAUCAGGUUGAGAAAGUAGAGUUCUGCAUUACCAGCCCAAAUGGCAAUGAUUCUUGGGACAUGCACGAUGAAAUGUUCAAAAACUCCGAGUUUUACCAGGAGCUCAACAUCCCCUAUCAAGUUGUGGCAAUAGUUUCUGGUGCUCUGAAUGACGCAGCUGCAAAGAAGUAUGACUUGGAAGGCUGGUUUCCUGCUUCCAAUACUUGCAGAGAGCUGGUGUCGUGUUCAAAUUGCACAGAUUACCAGUCAAGAAGAUUAGAAAUUCGGUAUGGGCAGAAAAGCGAAGAGCAGGUAAAGAAGCAAUAUUGUCACUUGUUGAACUCUACCCUUACAGCAACGGAGAGGACCAUUUGCUGCAUCCUUGAGAACUACCAGAAGGAAGAUGGUGUGGGGAUUCCAGAGCCAUUAAGAAAACAUAUGAGCGGCAAAGAGUUUCUACCUUUCCAAAAUAACCCUUCCAUUGAAGGCAAGGGGAAGAAACUCAAGGCCUUGUCUUUUUUUCCUCCCUCACUUUAAACAUUCUGCAGACUUCACACGUUGAGUAUUAAAAUCUGGGAAACUUGAUCUGACUUCUAAUAUUGAACUGGAAACAAGGCUUCUAGGAUGAUAGGUAUACCUGUAACAGUAUUGUAUUAAUUGUAGUAUUGUGUUAGUCUUUAACUCCCUGGCAAUGAAAAC